UCGACGCCGCGCAGCGCUCCACAACUCACGAGACGAGGCAGAGGCGCUCGCCGCGGAGGAGCCACCACCACCCACCGCCGCCGCCGCCACCGCAAACUCUCUUUCUUCUCUCGCCUGGACGAGCCGCCGGAGAGCUCGGGGGAGAGCUCUGCUGCUUGGGGAGGGGAGGCGGAGGCGAUGGAGUCGAUGGAGCCCAAGGACAUCGACUGGAGCAGGGUGGUGUCGCGGUACGUGCGCGACGAGACCUACGAGGGCAUCGAGGCCCCGCACUGGGCCGACCUCACCGAUCCCGAGGCCGGCGUCGCCGCCGUCGACGACGAGGCCUGGUUCUGCCGCCCCGAUUGCCGGCAUCCAAAGACGGUCGAGGACUUCCUCAAGAUGAGCCCCAGCCCCAAGGGCAAGCUACUGCGAUCAGUGUCGGCCAUGAUGAUGCCGUUCGGCGAGAGGGACACCAACCUUAGAGACGGCAACAACAAUCUCAAGAGGCGGGGAGCCGUCGCCGGCAGCGGCAUCGCCGCCACCUUCACGCCGCCCAAGCCCAAGGCUGCGGCCAAGAAGAGGUUCCAGGACGACAGCGAGAACCAGGACCCGGCAUUGGCCACUCCACCUCCGCCGCCACCGGCGGCGAGUAGGCCACCGUUCGGCGCGGCACGGUGGGCCAAGAACGCCAAGGACGCCAUCAAGUCCAGCGCGGAGAAGCGGCCGGGCAAUGCAGAGAAGGAGGCCCUGCUCAGCAAGAACGCCGCGCCGAGGCAGCUCAAGAGCACCCUCUCGGCGAGGAACCUCUUCUCCGGGAAGGACAUACUUGGCCAGAUAUCAGACUUCUACAAUGAGCUCAAGCGGAUGGCCGGCGGCAAUGGCAGCCGGCCUGGGUCGGAGGCCAUGGAGGAAUUAAGCUCAAACCCAAUAAAUGAGGGCGAUGUGGCCGAGAAGAAGGUCGAUUGUGGCUGUGGCACUGGUGAUCAGGUUCCCUCUGAAGAAGCCAUCAAGGAGAAAUCAAGGCAAGAAACAGCAGAAAAGAGUCCAAGCACAAUGAAGGGGAAGAAGAUGGGAUUGAAAGUGGAAGCUGCGAAGCCCACCAGGUCCUCUGUGUUGAAGGAGGUGAAGGCCACACCACCGACUCCGCAGCGGUUCCCAUCUCCCUCGACGAACCGUGUCAAGAACGUGAAAGCAGGAGGCAUGUCGAUGGCAAGCUCACCACUCAAGAAGCCACUGAAGGAGAAGGGGACACCUAGUAAGGAUCUGGAGAACAGCAAAGAUGCUAAGAGGCAACCUUUUGGUGUCAAGGACAUGAACAACACCAAGGCUUGUGAUGCAGAAGGCUCUAGUAGCAUGUUUUGGUUCUUGAAGCCCUGCACCUUCCUAGUGGAGUAGCAGCAAAAUAACGGGAAGCUUUAAAGAACUGCAUUUUAUGUAGUUAGAAUACAUUAUUUCAUUCUAUUUGAGAUACCUGUUUGGUUGAUUCAUUUGAUGGACAUUUUUGUCAGGGAAAUAAACAGCAAGCUAUGUAUAGUUACUAGCAAAGUCAUUCAAGUUUGAGAGAUUCUUUCCAUAUGUGGGGUUCGAGAUAUAGCAAAAUGUUGUUGUUCUUUA